UUGGCAGUUAUUGUGCCCUACGUUCAGACCAGAUACAACCUUAUAGAAAAUCCAAUCAUCGAAAGCGUAUUAGCAGCUCAGAAAGCAAUCCUGUAUAGCGAAAUAGAAAAGAAAACUCGACAUGCAAAGCUAUACAAAGUACGCAGAAAUGAGCUAGCCUCAUCAAUGUGGCUACGAUUUGGAAAUAUUAUUCCACAGGAUGAAGCGCGAUACUGUCAACUCCAAGACAGAAAUAUGUUUGGAGCUGAAAAAGGUAUGUGCCAACAUUGUAGGGAACGUGUGAAGACGGUAGACCAUCUAGCAACGCAGUGCGAAAAAAAUGUUACAUCACGACUAUACUAG